GUACAGAAAGUCUUGUGAAAUCGGAUACGUGCAUGUUAUGACACAGAGAUGUUGGAGAAUUGUUAUAUUUUGGCUUGUGUAAUGUAACCACACUCUCCUUUUAUUACCAAUCAUUUAGGCGUUAAAACAGACGUUGUUUACAGCAGAUGCUAAAGAAAUGAUUAUAGCUUUUAACACUUGUUAAGUGGCAGAAACAUCGAGGGUCGUUCACGUUAUGAAUGUAAAUCAGUGCCCAGAGCGAUCUUUGCACCGGCUCUUGUUAAGCCAUAGUGUAAAGGUUCCCACCCAGUCAACGCCGCGGUUGGGCCGACAUGGCACGCUACCAACCGCUGCGGCUGCUAGCCGGCUUCCGUCGCGCGACGAACGUCUGCGGUGAAAUCUCCGGCAUUUGGUGUGGUAUUCGACACUAAUAAGCCUCAGCUGUUGUGCUGCAGUGCAUCUUAACAUCUGCUCACCAUCGAACUGUCAUAUUUCCACCGUCGGUUGUGUGUGUAUGCUGGAUUAGUGGCGUAAGAACAAUACUCCGCCGGACAGCACAACAAUGGCCCACGAUUCGGCUGGUAACCGCAAAUUCGCCAUCGUCCUGUCGGUGUUCCAAGUGAUUUUUAUCAUUCUGUUCGGGAUUUUUGGGAGAUAUCACGAUGAUGCGCUGCCGCGCUCGGGUCUGUCACACCAGACCACCACGCUGUCGCCGCAGGAACAUCGUGGCAGGCGAUCGGCGGACGGUGACAGUGAAGCGUACACGUGGCCCAAAUAUGCCAUCCAGGAUUAUUAUCCCAUGUUUCAGGAUGUCCAUGUAAUGAUGUUUAUCGGUUUUGGAUACCUGAUGACGUUUCUCCGAAAAUAUGGAUAUUCGAGUCUCGGCAUCAAUUUCCUCUUGGCCGCUUUCGUCAUUCAGUGGGCCACCCUGAUGCGGGGGUUUCUCCACAUGGAGGGAAUGAGCUUUAAAAUCGACUUGACCACACUUCUGACAUCGGAUUUCACGGUGGCUGCCAUUCUCAUUACGUUCGGCGCUGUACUGGGCAAACUUAGUCCACUUCAGUAUUUGAUUAUGGCCUUGAUUGAAGUUGCCGUAUCACUGGGGAAUGAAUACAUCUGUGUACAUUAUCUCAAGACAAGAGACAUUGGUGGCUCGAUUUUCGUGCAUAUUUUUGGCGCAUAUUUCGGCUUGGCUGUGUCUCGAAUGUUGUACCGCUGGGAAUACAGCGUAACCGAUUUCAAUACACUGAAGUUCACCACGAAAACAACUGACUUGUUUUCCAUGAUCGGUACUAUUUUCCUUUGGAUGUACUGGCCUAGCUUUAACAGUGCCGUGGCUGAAAAAGAAUUUCAACAACGCGCGGUUAUCAAUACAUAUUUUGCCAUGGCGUCGUGCUGUGUGGUUACAUUCAUCUGCUCACAUCUGUUUCAUCACAACAAGUUCAGCAUGGAACUGGUUCAGAAUGCCACUCUCGCCGGCGGUGUGGCACUUGGCGCAACAGCUGAUAUGAUUGUCCAGCCGUAUGGUGCACUGAUCAUCGGAGCCGGUGCCGGCAUCCUGUCAUGUGUUGGUUUCCAUUACAUAAAUCCAAUUCUGGAAAAUAAAUUAAAAGUGCAUGACACAUGUGGUGUCAACAAUCUCCAUGGAAUGCCUGGUAUUCUUGCCGCUUUGAUUAGCGGUGUUGUAUUCGCUACUGCCACGCCAGCAUUAUACGGAGAUAGUUUCUACGACAUCUACGGAAAGCAAAUGGAUACGAAUGCAAUUCAAAAAACUCCUCUGCUGGAUUCGUCUGGAAAGUUCGUACCAGAAAGGACACCCAUGCAACAGGCCGGAUUGCAGAUGGCAGCAUUAGGCGCCACGCUCGGCAUGGCUAUCGUUAGUGGAAUUAUCACCGGAUUGAUCAUCCGAAUGAAGAUCUGGGAUCCGCUUCCGGGACCGGCACUGUUUGAUGACGCUGCCAACUUUGCUUUACCGGACCCGGUGCCGUGGGAACAGGAAAGCGAUAUUCGUCAUCGUUUGCGUACUAUCGGCCGUGACGAUGAGAUUGCCGCAGCCAUACCCCUCACGAAGGGUUUCCCCAAUCCACGCGAUGAGAGGGUCUAAAUGAUACGAUUAAUACUGCAUUUAUGUGUUUGUGUGCCUUGUUUAUUGGUGUCAGUUUUUGUAAUUUUCUCUUUCUUGAUUCACGCCUCUGAGUCCUGCCUGACGUUUUAGUCUUUAUUGUGUGGUACGGUAUUUUGGAAUGGGUAUUGAGUUAUAAUAUUAGCUGGAUCUAGGAAUUACUUUACUUGAAGAAUUUUAAUGGGUGUUGGUGCUACAGAGUUUGCAGUUACCGUAUUGGUCCGUAUGAAUGUAUAAUUUAAUGUUUAUUACUUAAUCAACUGUUUUAUGGUGCCGCCAUUAUGGACGGCUUUUGCACGAACAACAGCAUAGAGCUCCGAACCUUUAAAGUUUAAACAGCAGGG